GAGAGUAUGUUACUUCUAAUAUUUUACUUAGGCAGUGUUGUCGGACUACCCGAAUUACAUUCACUUGCGAAUAACAGAGUUGUCGGUGGCGUUGAUGCCGAAGAUGGUGCAGCGCCAUAUCAAGUAUCAAUCCAAGUUGAGUCAGGCCAUUGGUGCGGUGGUGCCAUUGUUUCAGAAAAAUGGAUUCUUACUGCGGCACAUUGUUUAGAAGGACUUCAGCCUAGGGACUUCAGAAUUUUGGCUGGAACCAACGAUCUUGAGUCAGGCAAUAAAUACUCUGAAGUGGAUUUCUUUACCUAUCACAGCAGAUGGAAUAUCCCUUCUCACCACAAUGAUAUCGGUUUAAUGCGACUGAAAGUGCCGUUGAAUUUUACUGAUCGCAUUCAGAGUAUUGAGUAUUCGGAGAAGUAUGUUCCGGAUAAUGCCACCCUAGUAUUGACUGGAUGGGGCAGAAUCUCGAACGACGGAAUUUCUCCAUCAAAACUGCAGAUCUUAAACUUGACACACGUGGACUACGAACGCUGCAGAGAGUUACUGCACAACAACCCGGCCCUCGAUAUCGGAAAUUUAUGCACAUUUACAAAAAAGGGCGAAGGCGCGUGCAGUGGUGAUUCGGGUGGGCCCAUUACAUGGAAUGGAAAGUUAGUAGGAAUUUGCAGUUGGGGGAGUAUACAUUGCGGAGACGGGAUUCCAGAUGCCCAUGCUCGAGUCUCCUACUAUCACGAUUGGAUACGUACUAACAUGGCCAAUAACGAAAAAUAAUUCCCCUAUUUUACAUUACAAAUUAUAUUUUGUGAUGUUCUUUACUGCUCAUUGCUUAUAAGAGGGUGU